AUGGGAAGUGCAGCCCCGCGCUGGCGCGCCGCCCGCUCCCCCGUGUCUGUCUGGGCGGGAGGAAGCCGCUCCACCUCUGGAAUCCUUCACUCGCUCCUCUGCUGGAGCGCGAGUGGAAACAGCUUCCAUGUGUUUGACCAAGGCCAGUUUGCCAAGGAGGUGCUUCCGAAGUACUUCAAGCAUAACAACAUGGCCAGCUUUGUGCGGCAGCUCAACAUGUAUGGCUUUCGCAAGGUUGUCCACAUUGAGCAGGGAGGAUUGGUGAAGCCAGAGAAAGACGAUACCGAAUUCCAGCACCCGUACUUCAUCCGAGGCCAGGAGCAUCUCCUGGAGAACAUCAAGCGGAAAGUAACCAGCGUAUCCAGUAUAAAGAAUGAGGAUAUAAAGGUUCGUCAAGACAACGUAACCAAGCUCCUGACUGACAUCCAGGUGAUGAAAGGAAAGCAGGAGAGCAUGGACUCCAAGCUGAUAGCCAUGAAGCAUGAGUAUGAAGCCGUGGGGGGGGAGGUGGCGAGCCUGCGGCAGAAGCACGCGCAGCAGCAGAAGGUGGUCAACAAGCUUAUCCAGUUCUUGAUCUCCUUGGUGCAAUCCAACCGUAUUCUUGGGGUGAAGAGGAAGAUUCCCCUGAUGUUGAACGACAGCAGUUCAGCACAUUCCAUGCCGAAAUACAGUCGCCAGUACUCCCUGGAGCACGUCCACGGCUCAUCCCCAUACACAGCUUCUUCCCCAGCAUACAGCGGCUCCAAUCUGUAUUCCCCGGAUUCUUCAGCCAACUCUGGUCCGAUUAUCUCCGACGUGACAGAGCUAGCCCAGUCCAGCCCUUCAGCAUCUCCCAGUGACAGCCUCGACGAAAGGAGUAGUCCUGUGGUCCGUAUCAAAGAAGAGCCCCCUAGUCCUUCCCGCAGCCCCCAGAUAGAGGAGGCCAGCCCCGGGAACCUUCCUGCUGUCAAAACUCCUCUGUCUCCCUCCACGUUCAUUGACUCCAUCCUGCAGGAGAAUGAACCCAGCACCACGACCGCGGCCACCGGCGACAGCACCGCGCAGCCUCCGCCCCCGGAAAAGUGCCUCAGCGUCGCCUGCCUCGACAAUUUGACUCGCACACCGCAGAUGUCAGAGGUCCCUCGUCUUUGCCCCAGUUCUUCCUCUUCCUCACUCCAUUGCAGAUCACAGCAAGGGAAUGAGCUCAACGACCACCUGGAUACCAUCGAUUCCAACCUGGACAACCUGCAGACCAUGCUGACCACGCACGGCUUCAGCGUGGACACGAGCGCGCUGCUAGACAUUCAGGAUCUCCUUUCAUCCCAGAAACAGCAGAAACCUACUGAGACAGAGGCCAGCCCAGUGGACACAG